GAGAGAGAGAGAAUUAAUAUCUUGUAUAUAAUCCGCAGUUCUGUAGAGCGAGAGUGAAAGAGCAACGCCCUCAAGUUCUCCCCUUUCCCUGAAUGGUUGAGAGAGGGAGAGGAGCAGCACCAAGCCACCACCAAUGUCGACCAGUAAGAGGCACCGUCACCCGCUCGUGGUCUCGGUAGGCUGCGGUUGCCGCGGCUCUAAAAUCUUCUUCCCAGGGAAGCAGAGGCCGUCGUCUCCGUCGCCGCAUCCACCGCCGUCUUCCCUGCUCAAGCCCCAGCGACUUCUUCCCGACGCUCCCUCCCCUGCCACCAAGCAAUCGUCGUCCGACGACCUUGGUCCCUCCAUCUCCUCCAGCGAAACUUUCGCCCUCGGGAAGAGCUUCUCCGACGAAUUCUCCGCCACCACCGAUGAGGACGACCUCUCCGGCCUCACCUUCUCCGGCCUCCUCUGCCAGCUUAACGAGCUCGAGCAGAGCCUCCUCGCCUGGUCAACAAAGGACCCGCUCCCAAGGACCCCCUCCCCUCUUCCUGCGCUUCCUCCGCCGGAGAAGGUGUCUGGGGAGGGGCGGCUGGGGGAGAGCGUGGCGGUGGUGAAGACUUCCGACGACCCUCUUGCCGAUUUCCGGUGGUCGAUGCUCCAGAUGAUAGUGGAGAAGGAGAUCGUGGCGGUUGACGACCUCCGGGAGCUCCUCCGUUGCUUUCUCUCGCUUAAUUCCCCUCAGCACCACGAUCUCAUCCUUCGCGCCUUCGUCGAGAUCUGGAGCGAAUUCUUCUCUCCGCCACCGCGUGGACGCCACCGCCACCACCACCACGACGAGCAGCGCGGCGGCGUAGCAAAUUACACUUUUACUCCAAAAUACUUGUAAAAAUAUAGUCCAGUCUCCGAUUUCUUCUUGUAAAGGGAUGCAUUGGUCAUUUCCUAGAGGCGCAACACUGUUCAUUCCUUCUGCCCACAACUCCCUUCUCCAUUUUCUCUGUUUGUUGCAUUUGGAUCCCUGAAGAUCCGUAGGAAUUGGAAUUCCAUUUCUACUAAGUUCUUCUCCUUGAGUGGAAAUUAAAAGUACAUGUGGUAAAAUUUCUGUUUGGGAGUGGAGAAAUCUUCCUUCUGUUUUUGGGUUUGUUGAGGUGGAGAAUUAUGCUUCACCAUUGCAGACAUCUCUCUCGGAAUCAUUUUCUCAGGCAAAUGCAAACACGAGAAAAUGGUCCUCCGCAGAAGGCAGCCUCUUUCAUGUGAGGGAAAGAAAGCCUUUACCCUUUUUCACAAGUAGAGCCUGCUUUUUAACGGUUGGUAAAAAGUAAAACUAGAAGCGUCCCUUUUGAGAUAAUUGGCUUUCACUCCAAAAUCUCAAAUAUAUGAUCAAAACAAGAUCAUGCUUGUUUUUCAUAAGUAGAACUUUCAUAACAAUGAAAGUUACCAUAGGUGAAUUAAGUUGAAAAGGUUUUCUUGUGAGAGUAUGAGAAAGUGAUCGUACAAGGUUAUUUUAUGGUGCUUGAAUUCCUGCUAUGCACUAUUUGUA